ACGCUCCGGUCAAGCGUUCUGCUUUUGUAAUAGAAAUAGAAACGGAACAGCGCUAGUCUGUUCUGUGAGCAGUUAAAAGAAGAAUUCUCGUGUUGAAAACAUAAAAGUUAGUUUGUUCUAGCAGCAGCUUUGUGUUCAAGAUGUCCACGCGAGUAUUAAGUAUUUAGUUUGCCAUUUGAUUCCACUGGUCAUUUAAAAGCAUAAUAAAAAAGAUCGAGACAAUAGCGGGCCUCUGGACUGGUAACCUCUGGUUGUUGACCUGGUUUUGCACGGAACAGGCAAUGACUGCCUUCGAUGAACUAAAACGCCUCAGCCCAAUCGACGAACUAAAAUCUCCCACAGUACACGUAAUUCGUGAGGUAUACGAAGGAGAAAAUGCACACGAAACUUUCGAAUUGGAACUGGAUAAAUAUUUAUAUGCCAGAGCAGACUAUAUUAUAAUUGAACCGUCAAGGCUGGGGGAGGAAACCGGUCGAUGGAUUGCGGUUGGAAAUUGCCUGCACAAGACAGCACUCCUCAGCGGCGUGGCCUCGGUGGCAGCCGGAUUAGUAUGGCGUGAUCGUUUAGUGUUUUGCGCUCCACUCUGUGCAGUGUCAAUAUUCUGCACUGGUUUGUACACAAUUUCUUGGUCCUAUGAUCCGUGCGUUCAGUAUCAAGUCGAGAAAAACCCAAAAAGCCUGUCAAAGGUGCCGAAUGUGAACGAUUUUUCUUCGCCUAUAGUGUUAGUUUAUACCAGUAAUAAGUGCGCCAAAUAUAGCCAUCGUAUCAUAACACUUUUGGCGAGUUCAUACUGUGUUUGGCGCAUUUAUCAGCUAUUUAAGUAAUUGGCCUGAUGUGAGGAUGCAACCACCAGUACACAAGUGCGGCUUUUAUCGUAAAUGGCUACCUACGUCCGGUUAAUAAGGGGUUGAAAUUGCAUGUAUAUUAAAUUCGCAGCGUACGUUUCAAUGAAUUUAUUAGGAUCUAUUUUCACUGCAAACGGCUUGUAUUUUUGAUUUUGGGUUUAAAGUUUUAGAUGAAUGGAAAAAAUAUGAUAAUUUCAAAUUCCAACUUUUAGGAUGAAGCUUUAUUAUGUGUUAAAACAAACGCCACAAUCGUUUUUGGAUUAGAAUGAGUAGUAAAACUACUUCGCAGGGAACGGAAAUCGUUUGGUCACUUUAGUUAGACAGAUUAGUUGUUUACGUUUCAUUCUAAUUAGCAAGUUUUCCAAUGUAGAAAUCUCAAACAUAAAAAACGGAAGUACGAACCUGUGAUCGAAUUACGGUCAGCAAGUUAAAGGCAAUGACCAAAAUAAAUAGCACUCUUCGGGUCAGUGUUUUCGGCAUUAGAAUGCAUAAGCGGUGGACAAAGGUAAACUUCUACUAUGUAUUACUUAGACUUGCUUUUGCCACCCAGUAUUUCAGGCGCCGAUACACUUCCCGUAACCAAACUGACUACCUAUGCAGUUAAGCUGAUAUCAUAUUGAUAUCGAUUGUGAUAGGAUAAACCUUUUGCUGAAUAAUUUCCAUUUUCGGUUGAUAAAUUAAAAACGCGAAGAAUGUUGACAAUCAAACUGUCUCAUCAACGCGGACAACAAUUUGUUAUGUUUUUGUUUAGUAAUCUAUUCAUUUCACUGAAAGUUUUCAAGAAGCUGAAUGUUAAAAUCAGGGAAAACGUGAUAUUAGAAAGCAGAUGGGCCAAGCCAAAACAAAGUAUCCUACCUUCCCUAAAAGCCUAACGGGAAAUAUAUGUAACAGAAUAUAAAACCUGAUGCAUUUAACGAAAGCGGUAAAAAGAUGAGAAGUUGUAGCGGAAUUAGCCGAGAAACUUAGUUGCACAAGUGUAAAAAACAAAUGUGGUUUUUGUUUUGCUCAAAGUUGAACUUUCCAGUUGUCUCUUCUGUUUUAGGGAAACUACUUAAGGUAUUCUCAUACAAAGACAUCAGUAAUAUGAGUAUAAGGUCUAAGUUAGAAUCAGUCAUACGCUUAAGCGGGCUAAGUAAGCCGCGACAACAAGCGGAGAAUAUCUACACUGUGGUAGUAUUAUGUUUCAUUAUAUGAACAGUGAAACGUUGCAUGAAGUAAUUCACUGAGAGCCGUGUAAAAAGUAAAUCAGUCAAACAUAAUUAUAGAAAUAAAAAACAUAAAGUUUAGUUUUGCAAA